AGCGCCAGUGCCAGCCUCCGUUCCCGUUCCGCGCCGGGCCGGAGGCGGCGGCAGCGCGGGGAGGAGGCAGGGCCGGGGCGGGCGGAGGCGCCGGAAUGUCCCGGCAGGCGCCGCGCUGCCCGUGAUGGCUGCCGAGGUAUCAUUUCAGAACUCACUUGAUUCAAUAUGGCUUUGAUUAGCCGAAAAAGCUUCCAGUUUUAUUCAUCCAGCACACCAGCAAGCAGGUCUGCUUUGAUGACCCUAAGCAAAAGGUUGAACUUCAUCAGUGGGCAGCGAAAGCCCCAAAGCUCUAGCUCCGUGGCCAUGAGGAUGCUGUGUGUCAAAGAUAAAUCUCAGUAUACGUUUUGUAGGAAAAGACAUGUACAACAGAUGCAGUCACUGUCUGUUAAUGAAGCUGUGCAUCUUUGUGGAGAUACGAGGAACUGUACUAAAUCAAAUAAUGUGUGGAUGGAUGAACAGUUAUUUUUCAAGAAGUUGAACAAUCUUGGUACAUCAAAAGAGAUUUUUUAUUUUCUUAGCUCUCUAGAAGUCAUGUCUGAUACAAUGGCCUCGGGAGCCCUGCUGAAGAUUUCUGAAGUUGAGGUGGAUGACAAUGGUCUUAAAAACCCUGGGCUGUUAGAGAAUGAAGUUUUCAGGGCAUUAUGCUUCCAGUUUGAAUUUGAAUCCUCAAAACUGUCAAACACCGGGCUGCUAAAUGCCUUGCAGGCUUUGACAAAGCUACGUAUAGAUCCGCAGAGCACGCUGAUGACAAGCCUGCUUUCGGAGAGCGAGGAGCGGCUUGGCAGGGGACAGCUGACUGCUGAAGAUCUGUGUGCUCUCGGAGAGAGCUUGCUUGAGUUAGAAGGCCCAAGUUGUGCGACGCUGGAACAAAUUGUGAACCGCAUGCAAGAAAGAGACAUUAGGAGUUGGAGUCCCAGGGAAAUAGUGAUGGUUUAUCAGAUACUGCAAGUGACUGUGAGGGAAGGGAAACAAUGCCAAAGCUUGCUAAACAAACUGAACAGUGUCACUUUAUGUGCAGUUUCCCAGCUGAGCCCAAACUUUUUAAGUGUAAUACUGAAUUCACUGGUGGUUCUUCAUCAGACUCGGGCAGUUCUCUUAGUCACUGCACUGUGUAAACAUUCAGUGCAGCAUGUUCCCUAUUUCACAGAUCAUGAACUGAUAAAUGUACUGGAAGCUUUCCUAUACUUUGGUCAAAAAAUGCAGAUUUUUACAGAGGCACUGGAAAGACAUGUCCCCAAGUCCAUCCACACUAUGCAUCCUCAAACUGUCAGCAAGGUCAUGCAGUAUUGCUGCAAAAAGAUGAUCCUUUCAAAGCCCAUCUUUGAUGCAGUGGCAGAAGGUUUCAUUUCCAGUGCUGACAGCCUUACCACUGACCAGAUUGCUGCAUAUAUUAUCCCAUUUGGGACUCUUAACUACCUCCCUCCAAGUGCUUCUUCCUUGUUUAGGAAGCUUGAAACUGUGCUGCAUACCCGCCUGAGGCACUUUUGGCCUCACACCUUGCUGAACCUGCUACACUCAUGUGUCCUUAUUCAACGUUACCCAAUUAAUUUCCUGCCAAAAAUAUUUAGUCCCUAUUUUCUGCAAAAGCUUCAAGCUCAGCCACCUGGUUUGAACAGAGUUGUUAUGUCCCAGCUAACCCAGCUUUUUCUGACUGUCACCCUGGAGUGCCCCUUUUAUGAGGGUCCGAAACUCCUUUCUAAGUACCAAGUAAAGGCCUUUCCCACACCUCAGAGUUCUCCUGAUGUUCACCUCUUUAAAAGGGUGAAGACAGGAUUACUUUAUUUACUGAAAAAAAGAAUAUAUUUUGCAUCAGAGGUAUCAACACCAUUUUUCUAUGUAGUUGAUAUUGAGAUUAAAUUAGAUGAAGAAGGUUUUGUAUUGCCUGCUGCCCAACUUGAAGAGGUACACAGACGAAUUGCCCUGUGUGUUGAUGGUCAGAAUAGAUUUUGUGCUCAUAGCCACAAUCUGUUGGGAGAAGAAGCUAUUAAACAGAGACAUCUUCAGUUACUUGGUUAUGAAGUUGUGCAGAUUCCAUUUUUUGAGAUAGAAAGUCUACAGAAUACCAGAAAAAUAGCAGAUUAUCUACACAAAAAAAUCUUUCCUUGUACAUAUGGACUCAGCAACUGACACUGGAGAAUACUACUGGAUAACAGGCUGACCUUCUGUACUACAAAGUGUAAAUUCUGUGCAUGGAAGAAAAACUAUUUUUUCUAAGUAACUCCACCUCAGAAAAUGUGAGCUUCUGAGUGCAAAACUUUCCAAUAUUUGGAACAAUUGACAUGCAAAGAGUAAUAAAGAGCAUCGUAUUUUCUUAA